AAUCCAAUAACUUAAAUAAGAUAUUUCAAAAUAAUUCUAUGUCCAACACUUAAUGUCACGUCCCAGAACCCAAAUCCGAGGUGUAACAAACGCCGUGCACUCGUGAGAGGGUCCCACAAAUGCACAAGACUCGAAACUUAUCCAAUUCACAUCUGACAAUCCAAUAACUUAAAUCAGAUAUUUCAAUAAUUCUAUGUCCAACAUGACUUAAACUUAAAAUCUCAAGGUAAAAUCUAUCUUACAAAAAAAUCAUGAUUUAUUUCUAAAAUCUAUAUCAAUCUCGAAAUGGCUAGCCUUUUAACUCGUCACUUCUCGUGGUUUCCGUGUCUCGGGUCAUACUACCUGAAAUGGUGGACAAGGAAAAACUAUGAGAUAAAAUAUCUCAAUAAGUAAAUGUAUGGAUAACCC